UCAGUUGCGGUCUGUUGUACUUGUUGAGCUUCAAAGACAAGGCAAAAAAGCUGAUCCUGAAAAGUGCCCCACCACAAGAGUCUUGGGACAGAUAUGACAUCCAAGUCAUGGGAGUAUUCUCAACGUAUGCUGAAGCUCAUGCCAAGCUUGACCGUGCUCAGUAUAUUUCGGACUUAAAUUCAGACAUGAGCGACGAUGGCAGACGAAAGCGACUUCCUCCAUGCCGUCUCAUCCAGGAAUCGGAGGAGCCCACAAUUGGAAGGACGAAGCGUCCACGAGUGUUUCCCCUUCCAGAGUCUUCCGACUCUGAAGACGUCGACAACACACUUCCUGAUGUGCCUCCAAUCCCUCACAAUUUUCCAGAAUGCCACGCAGCAGGCAAGAAGACCAUUGCUCGACCUUGCAGCUCCCAAGGCAGCAAUGAUGAUUCAAUCCAUGACACCAUCUCUGGCACAUUAGAUGAAAUGUGUGGUACAUCAUUUGCUGGAAUGAGUGGUGAAGCAACUAGUCAUCCACGUCAGCACGAAAAUGUUGCCUCCACAACAGAGUUUCAGAAGCAGGUCCUGCAACUUUUACACCUGGUGCGACUGACACAACAAAGGGACAGUGCUGUACUCCAUGAACUUUGCGCACAGAGGGUCACUAGUACGGCUGCGAAACCACUAGGAGCACUAAUAAAACAGCCAUUUGCAUCUUCCGAAGACUUCGAGCAGUUUGAUUCAUCUCUAAGUGAAGAAAGGAAAUUGUUGCUCGCGCAGGAACUUGUGUGCAUUGGAGGAAACGACGUGGGCCAUGCUACCAGGAACAUCUUAGCUUACAUGCUAACAAAUCGUGUUGCCGAAGAAUAUAGCUGGUUUGGCCAGAAAGGGAAGAAAAAGUUUUGCACUCUUCAUGCACCCUUGGUUAUUUUUGGACGUCCACCGUUAUGCCUGAGAUGUCGGCAAGUGGGUCACAUCAGACAGCAGUGUAAAAUGCCAAGAUGUCAAGACUGCAAGCGUUACGGCCACGACAAAGACAGCUGCUUGAAAUCGUACGCUGACAGAACUAGAGUGGUACUUGAAAACGCUACCGAUGAAGACCACAUUAUGGAUGUAGCAGAAACAAUGGCUACAUUAGAGCAAGUAACGAAGGAACCCGUACAACUAGCAAGUGCGGAAGCUGCUGCGGAGAAAGCCACAGACCAAGUAGGUCGGGAUGAAGUGACAGAUGAAGAACCGCUAGAAGUUUUUAGUGAGUACACUGGGGGAGAUAACAAGGGGAAAUGCCCUUCGGAACUUAACAGUCAGUCCCAAGGAGCGGGUAAGGAGGUGGAGAGGCUUAGGGGAGAGGAAACCGACGUUCCGCCACCAGCCGUGGAGGCGAAGAUUUCGAAUCCAUGGAAAAUGGCCGGUGGAAAGCGGCUAAAACAGGCCAAGCCGAAUAUUCCGUACGACCCUAGGGAUCGAGGACAAUCGCACAGUCAACCAAACUAA